AUGGACCAGUUGAGAGAUUUGUUAAGUGGUUUUGUUAUUCCGAUUGCUCGUCACACUGGCGAAUAUCUGUCCGAUUGUGUCUUUAAAUUUUUAGAGACCUACAAAAUUAAUGUGAUGGACUGUCGAGGACAGUCGUAUGACAAUGCAUCCAAUAUGUCGGGCCAGUACAACGGGCUGCAGGCUCGCAUCAAAGCGGUUAAUGAAAAAGUUGAAUAUGUGCCGUGUGGUGGACAUUCUCUCAAUUUGAUUGCUUCUCCGCAUCGAUGGAAUAUUUUGUUUAAAGCCCUUGGAGGUAAAGUGGUUCUUAAGAGACUAAUUGAUGUACGAUGUUCAGCUAAUGCCGAUGCAGUAAGCGCUCUUGAUAGUGGCUACAAUGAAAUCCAAUCUGCUUUAAACCUAAUAGCAAAUGACGAAGAAGAGGAUCCAAAAGCGAUCAUCGAAGCCAAGUCACUUUCUUCUCAAAUGAAUAAACUCGAAUAUGUAAUUUUGACUCCAAUUUGGAACCGCAUUCUCUCAAGAUUCAACAUGGUGAGAGACGACUUCGAUGAUUGUAUUAAGAAGGCUAAAGAAAAAAGGCUCCUGGCUGAAUACAGUUUUACCACUCAACGAGCGAAGAAGUGA